GGCCGGCUGUUUUCCGCCGCCGCGGUCUCACGGUCUCACGGUCGCGGGGCGGCGGGGCCGCGGUGGGUUCCUCCGGACGCGCCCUCCGUCCCGGUGGCUUGCAAGCCGCUCGGCGACGACGCGACGGGCCCGGCGUGUGAGCGGCGAGGCGCGCGCUCGCCGGGCGCCGGCCCUCUGCCCUCCCCCUCAGGAAACGACAGCUGCGCGGGGCUGGCGCCGCCUCCCGCCACCUACCACGUCCGCCCCGCCGUCGCCCGGCGCCCCAGCCCAGCCGCGGCGCUCCCCGCCUCCCCGCUAGCACGGCCGGCGGCUCUGCCCGCCUGCCGCCCGGCAUGAACAUCAUGGAUUUCAACGUGAAGAAGCUGGCGGCCGACGCGGGCACCUUCCUCAGCCGGGCCGUGCAGUUCACAGAAGAAAAGCUUGGCCAAGCAGAGAAGACAGAACUGGAUGCUCACCUGGAAAACCUCCUUAGCAAAGCUGAGUGUACCAAGAUAUGGACAGAGAAAAUAAUGAAGCAGACCGAGGUGCUGCUGCAGCCAAACCCAAAUGCCAGGAUAGAAGAAUUUGUUUAUGAGAAACUGGAUAGGAAAGCACCAAGUCGUGUAAACAACCCAGAACUUCUGGGACAGUAUAUGAUUGACGCAGGAACUGAGUUUGGCCCAGGGACAGCUUAUGGCAAUGCCCUUAUUAAGUGUGGAGAGACACAGAAACGAAUCGGGACAGCUGACAGAGAGCUGAUUCAAACCUCAGCAUUAAACUUCCUCACGCCUUUAAGAAACUUUAUAGAAGGGGAUUACAAAACAAUCGCAAAAGAAAGGAAACUAUUACAGAAUAAGAGACUGGAUUUGGAUGCUGCAAAAACAAGACUAAAAAAGGCAAAAGCUGCAGAAACUAAAAGUUCAUCUGAACAGGAAUUAAGAAUAACUCAAAGUGAAUUUGAUCGUCAGGCAGAGAUUACUCGACUCCUGCUGGAGGGAAUCAGCAGUACACACGCCCAUCAUCUCCGCUGUCUGAAUGAUUUUGUAGAAGCCCAGAUGACUUACUAUGCACAGUGUUACCAGUACAUGUUAGACCUUCAAAAACAACUGGGAAGUUUUCCAUCCAAUUAUCUUUCUAACAACAAUCAGUCUUCUGGGACCCCUGUGCCAUACGCUUUGUCAAAUGCGAUUGGUCCUUCUGCUUCAACGGGUAGCCUCGUAAUCACCUGUCCUUCUAACCUCAACGACCUUAAAGAAUCCAGCAGCAGCAGGAAGGCCAGGGUCCUCUAUGACUAUGAUGCUGCAAAUAGCAGUGAGCUGUCGCUCUUGGCAGACGAGGUAAUCACUGUGUUCAGUGUCGUUGGAAUGGACUCCGACUGGCUAAUGGGGGAGAGAGGAAAUCAGAAGGGCAAGGUGCCAAUUACCUACUUAGAACUUCUCAAUUAAACAGGGAGACCAGGAGAGGUUACCCAUCCCGACACCAUAUUUAUAUAAAUAACUCUAAAGCAAGUUUAAAUAUCUUUCAAUGUUAAUGUCAUAAGAGACUGAAAAAAAUUACAAGCCAUCAGAAACUGGCCAUCCUGCCAAUAAAACUGCAUGGUUAAUCCUUCAUUACAGAAUCUAUGUUAGCGAUUUCAUGACAAGAGUGUUUUCUUAAACAAUUCUUUCUACUGAGGUUUCACUAACAAGCAACUUCUACUUUUGAGCCCCAACUUAAAAACAAAAGGAUUCUUUUCUACUGAAUUUUUCAUUAACGGCAAGCUUUUUCUUUUAUGCAAAAUAAAUUUAUUGUGCAUGAUACCAGUGACUCAUUUAUUAGGUACAAUAGCCAAAGAAUAAAGUAAAAACUCCUUUUCACCUUGCUGCCCAAUAGGAAUCAGAUGACUUAAUAGCAGGCUUUACUAGGGCCUCCUAGCUUUGGAGUUUUGCUUGGGUUGGGUUGGGUUGGGUUUAUUUAUGUUUAAUACACUACUGGAUAGUUUCUUUUGAACCUGAGUCUUGAAAAGUAUUACCUUAUUUCAUAAUUUUGUUAAGGUUGCAGAACACUGGGGACAAAUUCAUUCACUAAAAAUAAUGUUAAGAUUAUUCAAUUGCCAAAAUUUGAUGCAUAAUCAGAAUUGCAUCCAUUGAGAUGAUACUACACGACAGUAAAGAUUUGUUGUUGAACAAUGAAUGUGUAUAAAAUAUGGAUUAGUGCAACAGCCUUCAUUAUAGGCUAAGUCAUGCAGUGAAUGUAGUCUGUCUUCAGCAGUGUCUCUGGAGAUUGCUAAUGACACGUUUGGAAUGAGAAUUGCUAUGAGGACCAUGCUAUCCAUCAGCAAUUGUUGCUAUAAACUGCCGAUUGAGGAGUUCUUUGGUUAGGUCUUCAGGUCUCAUUCAUCAUUCAUCCAUUCAAAAGACAUUUAUUGAGGACCAGGUACUUUGUUGAUCAACCAAGUAUACUACUGUGAACCAGAUGCUCCUAAAGAAGACGAAAGUUGACCUCUAGCAGGAGCGAUAUUGUAAAGGAAGAAACAGAAGGGUUGUGUUUAGGAAUUACCUAGUUUGGGUCUGAGAAGUCAGAAGUUGACCCAGGUAGAAGGAAAAAGUUGUGUUGGGCCUAGAACCAAUAGAGCAUAAAUUUGUUCAGAGUAGCUUAACAAUGAAGUACAAAAGUGUAGUUCGAUUACUUGGAGAUUCUUGAAUUGUAAACUUUUGAGCUCUAAAGUACUAUUUAAAUAACACUUUAAAGCAUCCAUUUGUGUUAAGAGCCCCUAAGAGCUGGGUAAACAUCGAAAACUUCGUUCUUGGUCCCAGCAUUAACAACCCCUUUCUCUGCAAUAAGAUAAAUUUCUCUGCAGUUUUCUAGUUCUGUAAGACUCUGACUCACACUUGAGUUACAUACUUGAGGAACUCCAAAAACAGCUCAAGAGGCUAGUGUUCUAGGGAAUCAAGUGAAUGAAGUUCUGGUGUUCUUUUUCUUCCUCGGGAAGUUUUACAGCUUAAAAUGCCAUCUGUUAUAUUUAGGUUUUGAGGGACUAUAAAAAUUUGGGUGACUUUAAACAGCAGCUUUAGUUCAGCAAGUUAAGUUUAUGGGGAAAAGAUCAAUGCUUUAUGGGAGAAAAUAUAAAUACGGACUGAAUUGAUUCUGUGUUUGUAUUCUCACAUAUUGGGCUCCCUGGUGUUCAACUCAGAUUUAGAGCUGCCAUUUUUUAAUCAGUAAAAUGGGGAUAAGUUCGUCACCUAACAGAAAACUAUUCCACAAGUGUUACUUUGUGUUUUGUCCUUUUAGGCAAAGACCUGGCACAUAGUAAACGUUUUGUAAGCACAGAUGCUCUUUUCAGUCGCUGACACCAUGCAGCUUGGGCUGUGAGGAGCGUGACUUACAUCCAUGCUGUGCCUGCUCCACCCACUUAAACCUGACCACAUCUGCCCACUCACCCUCCCUACUCAGUGUAAGCUCUGGGGCAGGGCCUUCUGCUUUCCAGCAGGAUUGCUGGGUACAGGAGAUGCACUUAGAUACAAGAGGACCCACAAUGUAGUGUUAACAGGAGCAAAGGCUCCUUGUACCUUUGUCUAUCAUAGAUCCAACGUCAUCUUUAGACAUGUUAUUUUGUUUAAUUUUUUUGUUUUAACGAGCUUUAUUGUUUGUUUGGUUGGUUGUUUUCUUUAAUUUUGAUUUUGACUUAAAGUUAUGGGUUUAGUUUUUGUUUAGGUGAAGGCUCAAGAAAACUGUUAAGCGUAAAAGAAAACUCUUAGAAAGCCUGUUAACUCAUGGUGCAAUUCAAACUUACUUAAAUAAACUCUUGACCCCUGAGCAUAAUUCAGCAGCACAGUAAUGAGUGGAGGGUGCAAUAUUCAUGAAAUAAUAAACAAGGAGAUAUUUAUGGGCCCUCUAAAAACUGAAAAAGAAGUGGAUUUUAGCUACCUUUGUCUUAAAGUAAUCUGACCCACAGGUUAUUUUUUUUUU